CAGCAGCUACUGCUAUAAAUUGAAACUACGCAAGGGGAAAUCUUACAUGAAGUCACAAACAGUGCCUCAGAUAGAAAAACUCAUACACUUUGCUUAUUAUACCCUCACUCCCUCCCUGACUCACUCACUGCACCACUUCAGAAUAAUGCACCCAUUGGGUCCCUCUCUUUAUUUAUAAUCAACUCUCCAUUUGCAAUUCACGACAACGAGGAGUCUGCACCUGCUGACUAGUAUUUCGCCAUUUUAUUAGCCUCACGACAACAACACUCACCCCCUCUUCCCCCACUCCGUACCAUUCACCCUCUUUCUUCCAACUUCCAAGUCCUCCGUUUUAUUAUUGCUUGCACUUCUCUGUUUCUCUGUUCUCUGUUCUGUUCUCUCUCACCUUUGCCUAUUAAUUCUCCUCUAUCCUCAUCACACUUUCACAUUUCAUUUGCUCUCUCUUCAAUCGGAAGAAACCGUUUUCUAAACACUGGAAUAACAAGAAGCCAACGAUGCAUCGUGCUUGCAGUGAACACGUGAUGGGACACUGCACAUGUGGGAUGUUUCAUGGCCAAACAAACUCCUUCUCAAUGCUCUUCUCCAUGCCCAACCACCAACCCUAUGAUGAAUAUUCCGACAUGUAUUCCUACACCCCUUCUUCCUCCUCCGUGGACUGCACGCUCUCCCUAGGUACUCCAUCCACCCGUGUAACCACCGAAGACCAUGAAGAGAAGCGAAACCACCGCCACGAACGCCGCUCUGUCUCUAACUUUUGCUGGGAUUUACUCCAACCCAAACACAGCUCUCAAUCCCAAACCAAGUCCACAAGAGGAGGCACCACCACUAAUACAAACUCAAACAAUGAUUCUCUCCUCGCUCGCCGCUGCGCCAACUGCGACACCACCUCAACACCACUCUGGAGGAAUGGCCCUCGAGGACCAAAGUCGCUGUGCAAUGCCUGUGGGAUAAGAUUCAAGAAGGAAGAGAGAAGAGCAAGUGCUGCCGCCGCCACACCGGCGACAGCCACUGGCGGUGUAAUGGAGUCGUCUCAAAUGUACAACCACAACAACAGCUCAUGGUACGGAAACUCACAGAGCCAGAAGAUGCAGUGCUUCUCACCGGCGAUGGGAAACGAGCUCCGGUUCAUGGAUGAGUCCGAUAGGGACUCCGAGAAUGGCAUUCCCUUCCUCUCUUGGAGACUCAACGUGACGGACAGAACAAGCCUCGUUCAUGACUUCACCAGAUGAAAAAAAUAAUCAUAUAAUAAUAAUGAUAACAGAAGAUUACAAAAGGAGCUUCUCUUACCUAGACGGUCAAGACCAGGCAGUUAUACGUCAACGUUUAAUGAUGGUGAUGUAGAAGAUGUUUUUGAUUGCGAUGGUUGUGGUCUCGUCAACAUGAUGUUUUCUUUUCUUUUUUAGUUAAUUAACCUUUUUUUUCUUUGCUUUCCUUUUCUCCCUCUCCUUGUCUUGCUGUUGCAUAAGAUGGAGUGAGAAAUGGAUAAUUCUUAUUUCUUAGCUUGCUUUUUUCUUUGGACUUCUUUAACUAUCUCUUGCACUCAUAUAUGAUCCUACUUUUUUUGUUGCUUCACUUUCCCAUCUUUUGUAGAUUAGUGGUUAUAUGUAGUUGAAGUUGACCGUGAUAUAAAUGAUAGUUCUAUCCAUUUG